GCACGUUUCAAACGAUUCAAAAGUUUGAACGAAGCGAAACAAUUCGCUGAGAAAGGGCUCAGUGAAUCUGACGAAUGCGGCGGCGGGGAAUGUGCGCCAUCUGCACGUCAGCAUGCCAUCAACGAACCGUCCGUCAGUUAUCCGUCUGUUUCCGCCAAACAACAAAAUAAUCUGAAGAAAGCUAUCUUAGCAAAUGACAUAAAUGAAUUCGUUAAGUUGGUGCAGUCGAAUCCUCGCUAUCUGAUAAAUACAUCAAGUGAUACACCAGCCAUUAUCGCUGAGGGAUGUCGAUACAACGCUUUACAUAUUGCAUCACAACAUGGCAAUGUACUUUUUGUCAAUUUUAUUCUCGACUCUAUCUCUGAUUUGCAAUUAUUAGCUCAUAUUUAUGGAACUAAUGAAGAAGAUGCCCGUCUGCGGUCCAUGAAACUUUUGGAUGCGUUUUUGAAUACACCUGACAAAGGUGCCCAAGAGACUGCGCUUCAUUUUGCGUCGAAAUUUGGUCAUUUGGAUAUUGUGGAACGACUGUUGGGGUUAGACUGCUGUGAUAAGUAUGUUUUGAAUAGGUGCGGCGAACGAGCACAAGAUGUGUGUUGUAGACGUGCAUCUGACGUUAAUAAAGGCAAUAAGGAUGCCAUUCUGUCGUUAUUCAAUCAAGUUUACAUCGCCUUAUAUCGACCUAACGAUUGCUCCACUUGUGCUGUAAUCACACCACCUGGACCAAUGUCAAUUCGUGAUUCGGAUGAAUUUUACAAGAGGUGGGUGGAUGAAGGAAGAGAGAGCGGAUUAAAGGAUCCAGUGAAAGGUUACGAGCGGGUUGGACGUGUGAUGGCCAAGGAUCGCGGGAUAGGUUGGCGAGAAACAUGGCUCUUCGCGGGGGGAGUGCUUGUGGAUCUGGAUUCUAAUCACGGACUGGAAAAGUUGAAUGAACAUUUAGUGAACAAUAUGCGGGGAUUUAAUGAAUUAUUAAUUGAUGAAAGUAAGGAUGCAUGGUUGAAUUGCAUUCGAAAAAAGUUGAAUUUUGACGAGGCGCUUGAUGAAGGUGAUGAUCAGUUUGGAGAUUGUUUUGAUGGUGUCGAUAGUAUUGGUAAUAGCGAUGAUGGUGGUGAUGAUGAUAAGAAAAAUACUUCACUGGAUUACGUUACUGAAAAGAUGGCGGCAUUAAACAUGGAUUAUUCAGUUGAGAAAUUAGGAGAGGAGGACGAUACUGAUGGUAAUAAGAGUGAUGAGCAAUUUUCAACACCACCGUCAUCACCCCCCGAGUCUAUUUUUUUAUUUCGAAAUGUCCCUUCGAAAGAGGAUUCUGAUUUACUAUUGGCGCUUUCAUUGAUUGAUAAAAAAUUGAUACAAAGAUUCGGAGCGAUCAACGAAUACAUUUAUAAACUUGAAAAGGUUUCAUGUGAUAUUCGCUCCGAAUGGCCUUCGUUGGAUUCGCCGAGGGCUAAAAAAAGAAUAAAACGUGUAUAA